AGUCAAAAACACACACAGGAGAAAGAGACUUGAAUAAAAUACAGACUGGAAUAGCAGUGGAUGGUCCAAAAGGUUCAGGAUGGUUCUCUUCCUGUGGUCCCCCCUUCUUCUCUUGGUUACCAUGGUAACAUGCAACAGGCCAGAGCCAGCGGGAGUCAGAAUCCGCAUCACCGAUAAAGGGCUGGAGAUGCUAAAGUAUGAGACGCAGAAGUUUGUGGAAGAGGAGCUGAGUAACAUCUCGAUGCCCGAGAUGGAAGGGAAGGAGGGACGGUUCCAGUACACCAUCACAGACAUCAAGGUCAUGGAGCUCAACAUGACGCAGGCUGAGCUCCUCUUCCAGCCAGAGUUGGGUCUCCUGUUCCAAGUGAAGGACUCCUCCAUCACCCUGAGCUUCAAGAGACAGAUCCUCUACUGGUUCUUUUUCGACAAAGGAACCGUCAACGCCUCGGCCGAAGGAGUCGACAUCCACACAGCGCUGAAGUUUGUGCGAGACGACCUGGGUCGGCUGAAGAUCAGCAACAUCACCUGUGAUGCUAACAUCGCCAAGAUGAGCGCCGAGUUCAGUGGCACGCUGGGGAGGGUGUACGACUUCCUGGCCUCCUUCAUCACCACUGGGAUGCGCUACCUGCUCAACAACCAGAUCUGUCCUGCUCUAAACGAUGCUGCCUUUGGUCACAUCAACACCAUGUUGUCCACGAUUCCAGUGAGGAGCGAGGUGGACUACUAUGUUGGCAUCGACUACUCCCUCCUCAGUGACCCCGUCUUCACCUCCAGGGGCAUGGACAUGCACUUCAGGGGGAUGUUCUACGAGCUGGCCAAUCAGAACGUGAGCCUGGAGAACACGGCGGUGGCGCCGAUGAUCCAGGAGAACGACCGCAUGGUGUACCUGGCGCUGUCAGAGUUCUUCUUCGACAGCGGCAUGUUCUCCUACUACAAAGCAGGGAUCUUCCAGAUGCACAUCGCCCAUGACAGGAUGUCUAAAGACAUGCUGAUGAUGCUCAGGACCACCUUCUUUGGAACCAUCAUGAUGCUGAAUCCAGCUCUUAUAGAAGCUCCUCUGUCGCUCCAACUGGAGGUCACGGCUCCUCCAAAGACCUCCAUCAGGACCUCCGGGGCAACCGUUGCCGUGACAGCCAUCGUCAAUGUGAUGGUGCUGCCGCCCGGGAAGCCUCCUGUUCAGCUCACCAGCAUGACUAUGGAAGCUAAGUUCAACGCCAAAGUCUCCAUGAAGGGAAAACGGUUGUCUGUCCAAGCCGACCUCCGCAGAUUUAAAAUCUUCUCCAAUCAGUCGGCCCUGGAAUCCAUUGCCUUGAUCCCCCUCCAGGGUCCCCUGAAGACGAUGCUCCAGAUCUCCAUGGUUCCUCUCAUCAACAACUGGACUAAAAGAGGGGUUCGGAUCCCCCUGGCUGAUGGCAUGGACUUUGUGAAGGAGGUGGUGGAGUAUCACAACGGGUACAUCGUGAUAGGAGCCAACCUCCACUUCAGCCGGGGGCUGAGGGACAUGAUCGAGGGCAGCAUCCGUCCUGGGAGCGAGGAGACGCUGUGAACCCCCAAAGACCGACAGACCUGGACCUCCACAACCCAGGACCUGGACCUACUGACCCAGUAGAGCCAGGACGUGAACCCCCAAGACCAGCAGGAGCCCAGACCCCCCCCUAUGACCCCUGCACAGAGACCGGACCUGGACCCCACGACCCAGAAGAGCCCAGACCUGGACCUGGACCUAGCACAG